AUGUCCAGUAUUACAGCUUCUGCUCUAAUGAAUACUGAUUAUGAGUUUUUGGAUCGCAAGCCUCCAUUAUCAGCAAUGGGACAAGUUGUCGAAUCAAUUGGAAUGGAUUCAGAGUCUCAGGGCAAAUGUGGCGUAUGUUCUCAGCAUAUCAAAGACAAAUUCAUAAUGAAAAUUGAUAAUACAUGGCAUCAUGAAGUUUGUUGUCAGUGCUCUGUUUGUGGAAUAAAUUUGGAAGACAAAUGUCAUGAGAAAGAUGGUCAACUAUAUUGUCAAGAACAUUACUAUAGAGAAUGUAGUCAAUAUCGAUGUGCUGGAUGUCAGCGAGGAAUUGCACCUUGUGAUAUGGUUUAUAAGCUUCGAGCAACUCUAGUUUUUCAUGUGAAUUGUCAUUCGUGUUGUCGAUGUGGACGAUUAUUAUCACCAGGAGAGCAAAUUCUUGUGGAUGAAGCUGCAAAAACAGUUGCUUGUAUGUCGCAUAUGUAUGAAGAACAGCAGAAUGUUGCUACAUCAUCAGCCACAUCAUAUCCAUCAUGCUCAUCCGAAGCCACUCCUUACUCUAUGGACUCAUAUUCUGAAUAUAAUAUUAAAAAAGAAAUUGAUCCUUAUGGAUACAAUUUUGAAGGAUUUUCCUUCUCUGAUUUUUGUGAUGACGACGGCAAGUUUUUGAAGCGACGGGGACCAAGGACUACAAUCAAACAAAAUCAAUUGGAUGUUCUCAAUCGCAUAUUUUCCACAACUCCAAAACCUUCAAAGCAUGCCAGAGCUAAGCUGGCUCUUGAAACAGGAUUGAGCAUGAGAGUGAUACAGGUCUGGUUCCAAAACCGACGAAGCAAAGAAAGACGAUUGAAGCAUCUAUGUAAUUAUCUCCGACAUUAUGAACAGCGAGGUCUAAUCCCGCCUCCCAUACCUUUUGCCAAUGAUGCCACAGCCUGUGAUUCUUCCGCAUUCAAUCAAAUGAUGAAUGGAAUGGAUAACAAUUCUUUCGAUGAAGAAGAUGAUGAAGAUUAA